AUGCUUCUGGUCGUGGUCCUUGCUUCUGCCCUCCUCCUCUGCUCUGUGGCUGGCCAGGGGUGCUCCACCAUGGCAGGAAUCAUGGAUGUCAAGUACCUCAUCGACAACCUACAGGAGCACCCACCUUCAAAAUGCAGCUGCAGCACCAAUGUGACCGAUUGUUUGUGUCUGCCCAUUCCUUCUGACGACUGCACCACAGCAUGCUUCCAGGAGGGUCUGUCACAGAUGACCAACACCACAGUGAAAACAAGAUUCGCCCUGAUUUUCAACCGGGUGAAAAAAACAGUUGCAGCCCUAAAGAACAACAAGUGUCAGUUGUUUUCCUGUGAACAGCCAUGCAACCAAACCACAAGAGGCAACACAGUGACAUUUCUGAAGAGUCUUCUGGAAAUUUUCCAGAAAAAAAGGAUCAGAGAUGCAGAGACCCAGAUAGGCAGAGUAUGA